AUGGCAAGUCUACCUCAAUUCUCCUUGUCCCAUUUGCUUAUCUCCAUUUCACUUGCUUACUUUUGCUUCUCCAACCUCUGCUUCAACUUCAAACCCAAACAUUUCAAUCUGUCUACCUAAGCCGUGCAUUGGUCAUCUGGUGCAACGUGGUACGGGAGCCCUGCUGGCGCCAGAAGUGAUGGUGGAGCAUGUGGAUAUGGAAACACAGUGUCACAAGCACCAUUUCCUUCCCCGGUCACUAGAAUAGGCCCAUCCCUCUAUAAUUCAGUCAAGGAAUGUGGAGCUUGCUACAAGAUAAAACGUACCAAGCACCAUUCGUGUUCCGGCAAACCAGAGAAGGUCGUUAUCACAGAUUUUUGUCCCGGAGGCCCAUGCGCAUCAGAAUCAGCUCACUUUGACCUAAGGGGAGCAGCAUUUGGCUCCAUGGCUAUCCCGGGUAAAGAAGAUAAACUUCGGGAUGCAGGAGUAUUACAAAUUCGAUAUGCAAGGGUUGCAUGUGAUUAUUCGGGGAAAACCAUCAUGUUCCGCGUGGAUCAGGGGUCCAAUCCCGAGUAUUUUAUGGUGAUGAUCGAGUUUGAGGAAGGAGAUGGAGACCUUGCUAGGGUUGAUCUUCAACAAGCAUCAAGUAAACCUGGUGAAUGGUGGGAGAUGAAUAUAUUAGAGAGAGAGAUAUCUGUUGUACAAUAUAUGUAG